AAAUGAUAUCCUUAUGCUUUCUGCCUGCCAACUACUUGCUCAAGGACUAACUAACCUUGCUGUCUUGGCUCUGGAUAGAAGCACUCGUUAAUGCAAGGUACCAAAGUCAAAUAUUUGGCCACGUCCUCCUCUGCUCCGGAUUUCCAAACUUAAUUACUGUGCUCUGUCUUAGUAAGAGCCCAGAGCUAAAGAUGGGCCUUGCCUUCUACCUUGCCCAGCACCUUCCACAGCCCUUACGCUCGUGCCACUGUGGGCCGUAAGGUUCUUCUUGCAGUCUUCAUGCCGCGGCCACGACAAGCCUUCCUCGCCGCGCUGCAAUGGAUGCAUGGCACAGCGGUGCCGUCCAUUUAUCCGAGUCUUUCUGGAUUCUUUCUGGCUGGAACCCUGGACCGGUCUCUAGCAAUAGGAGAGACAGCAGCCCAGAAUACCGGCUCUACCUCGCCCCUGGACUUGCUGGUAAGGUCUUGGUGCCUGGCAGUUGAUAUACCGCGGUGUGGUGUACCCGAUCCGAUAUUUGUUUUUAGCAAACUCUCUGUUCUGUCUCCUGUCCUCCCGUCUGUCGAGUCCAAAACCAUGUCUCUCUUCCACCACCGCAGCCCAGGGUCGCCAACAAACCAUGAACACAAAAAGUGGUUUACGCAUGCCUUGAAGGGCGUGGCGAGGGCCUUCUCCCCACACCACCACCGCCGCCGCCAUCCCCACCACUACGCCCGCCUCCUCACCUCGUCCUUCUCCCUAGCCGACCACGCCGUCGUCGACUGGGACGGCGGCAUGCAGCGGAGGAACCUGAGCGCCGACAGCGUCAGCGAGUCCCAUGUAAGCAAGUACAUACCCAAAGACAACGCAUGGCACAGACGGUUCCGGGAUGGGACGCAUUGGUGAAGACGCUGACCGCGUGGCCCAGCUUCAUCUCAUAUCCCAGGGCGGGCGGUACGACGGCAGCAUGUCUAUGAGCACGUCGCGCCAACCUUCUGGGUCCGAGCUAGUAGUACGCAGCCACCCUCCCCUGUCUAGUAAGUCGGCGUAGUCUAGAUAGACCAGCCAGUCCUACAUUCUUCGGCCCGCAGGGCACA